AGUCGGGUUACGUCAGCACAUCCUCUUGUUCAUGGCCGACUACGACUUUCGCCCGGGAGGCUCACUCAAGUUCAAGGGUGGCGUCGCGGAGGGCGGGAUUGUCAAGAAGAAGAAGAAGGGCAAGUCGCGAUCGCAGGUUGAUGACAGCCAGGACAGAGAACGACAGCGAGAUAAGCAUCGACUAGGUAGCGAGGGCGUCGAACCUGUGCCGGGUUCCGCCCCAGGCAGCAACCGUGGCUCCCCUGCUUUGUCUGGAAAGGAUGACAAAAAGACGGAAGCGGAACGACGGUUUGAGGAAGUUCAGCGGCGACGACUCGUAGCCAAGGUCGCGAAACAUGCUCGCAAGACUCACAAAGACCGGGUUAAUGAAUUUAACGCUAAAUUGGAAGCGCUUAGCGAACACCACGAUAUCCCCAAGGUUGGUCCUGGGUAAGACAUGCCCACUCAUGGGGAAAGCCCCUUGCUCCCUUUUCCAACCCCCCCGAGUGCCUCCCCGUUGUCUCAGCUGGUAUUUUUGUGAUAUAUCCUGUCAUUCCGCCCGUCAUGUACUAUCCUACCGUCGAGAAUAUACACUGGAUACAGGAAAGGGUGGAGCGGAGUUACUUAUUGUGAGAUAUUUGGCGUGCUGCUGUUGAUAUAAGUAGACACGGAUUAACGGC